CCGAUUAAUAUGGCGGAAGGAGCCACUAGCGCUGCCAUUACUAAUUUUGCAUUGAAAAAAACAUAACGCAACAUUCAUUUUCCCACACAUCAGAUUAAAAUUUUGUUGUUAUUUCUCAAAACAAAUUUGAAUGAUUAAAAGAAGUAUUAAAACGGUUUAGGGAUACUAAGAGAUUCUAGAAAAAUUUCAGCAACAGCUAAUGAAGUCACAAUAAGCCAUAUUGAACAUAUGCUGGCAAAAUGGAGGAACCUCACCCUAUGGAUAAACCAAACACCCUAUCUUUUCGUGAGCGCCAACAGCAGGAGUUGGAAGUAAUAAAGUCGAUUUUCAAUAAAGAUGUGGAUGUAUUGCGACCCAACUGUAUGCCAGACGUACCUGCUGCGCAGUGGAAACCAACCGAGGUACGGAUAUCGUUGACGCCGCUUCGUGAUUCCAAAAAUGAUACACAGGAAAUUCAUGUACGCGCAAAAUUGCACAUUACCUGUCCCUCCAAAUAUCCAAAAGUCCCACCUAAAAUACAGUUAGAAGAUGUACAAGGCCUUUCCGAUCGGCAUAUUAAGGAGUUGCUAAGACGACUACUUGUAGAAUCUGAGACCUUGCGUGGCGAGGUCAUGAUUUACGAACUGACACAAGUAGUACAAUCAUUUCUACGUCGAUACAAUAUGCCACCCAAGGGCUCCCUUUACGAUCAAAUGGUACAAGAAAAUGAAAAACGUGAAAAAGAACGUCAGGAAAUGAAACAACUUAAGGAACAACUAGAGCGGCAAACUUUAAUGGAAGAAGUUGAACGGCAAAAAGAAAUGUUCAAAACAGCGGUGAAACGUCGUGAAGAGCCACGCCGUAGUAUGAGUGAAACUAAUUAUCAAGAUCAUUCUUCCGAAAGUUCUGAAAACUCAUCACCCUAUUGCCGCGGCCACUUCUACGCCAACAAAUGUGUGGAACAUCGGAAUAGUGAAAGAUUAUAUUUUCAUAAAGUUGGUCGUCAAGUGCAAAGAGGUUCUUGUUUGGGUCACUCACAAAAAGGCUUUAUCGCUUACACUGGCAUUGACUUGGACAGCGGUCAAUUACUUUAUGUAACAGAAUGGACCAUCAAGUAUUUACAAUUAGAUAAGAAAUGCGGCAUUGGUGGACAUUGUUAUUGGGUGUCAACAGAAUCGAGAUGUAAUGGGAAUCAUCGUGUAGAUGUCGUCAUUUCCUCCAUUGAAAAACAAGUGGCGUCUCUGGCGCAAUUACAACACAAAAACCUCGUGCAAUACGAAUGUGUGCUAUGUAAAAAAGGAAAAGAAGGUCUUAUAGUUUACCUUGUGCAGGAUUUUGUGCUCGGCACGAGCUUAUCGAAUAUAACUACCACUAUCGGUUGGUGUACUGAAGGUGUACGCAUGGUAGCGCGUGGUGUCCUCGCGGCGCUUGUUUACCUACACAAUAAGGGCGUAUCACAUAGCCGUCUAUUGAGUAGCACUGUAUUUAUGGACAAUACGGGCGCAUUACGUUGCACAGACUUUUCGCUAGUGUCUAAUUUAUUGGAGCUUGUUGGAGGCGCAGAGCAGUCUACAACACAAGGUGACCUGCCAGAUUUUGGGGCACUCGUCGAGAGUUUAAUGCCAUCGCAGACCUAUGAAAUGCGCGAUUUCAUUGAAAAGUGCAAUUCAGAACGUACGCUUUCGGCGUCAGAACUGCUUGAACAUCCUUUCUUACACACAUCGCUGCCCGGUCAAGACGACAAAAACAAUCAACUAGCAAUUGCCUUGACACAUAGAGGACCACGGCGAAAAUCCAGUGGCACACCAGAUGUUGCCGCUAGAUUGGACACGAGAACACCUGAUCGUGACUUAGAGCAACAACAACGGUCGCUGCAGUUGCAACGAAAACAACUGCACCAAUUAGGUGCGUCUUCAGCAUUCACACCUAUUGUGCCCACUGGUCAAUCAAGAUUACACACUGAGUUUGAGAUUUUGCAAUAUUUGGGAAAAGGCGCCUUCGGUGAUGUUUUAAAGGUACGGAAUCUAUUGGAUAACCGUUCAUAUGCCCUUAAACGUGUACGCCUUUCGGCGUGUAAUCGUACACUGUAUAGAAAGAUUCGUCGUGAGGUGGAAUUACUAUCACGAUUGAAUCACGAGAAUGUGGUGCGUUACUAUAAUAGUUGGAUCGAAACUGCAACUGAUUCAGAUGAAGAGGAAAUGGCAAAGCUGAUGGAGGACGAUGAAGACUCAAACACCAAUGAAAUUUGUUAUCCGUCUAAAUCUAACAAAAUUUCUUUAGGCGCGAAGGAGAAUGAUGAAGAGAACUCGUCCAGCAGCAUGUGGAGUGGAUAUGUACCAAAUGAUGAUUCCGACUCCGAUGGCAUCGAAUUUGUUGACUCCAACGGUGAGGUAGCCAAUUACGAUGAUAAUGAGGAUGAAACUGAAAAAACCGAAGCAUCAAAAAAUGUCAAAAGAACCAACUUACCUCACGUUAGACAAGUUCUUUACAUCCAAAUGGAGUUUUGUGAAAAGUGCACCUUAAGAACUGCUAUAGAUAGUAAUCUUUGUGAUAAACCUGACGACCUAUGGCGAUAUUUUCGCGAAAUUGCAGAAGGUUUAUCACAUAUACAUCAACAAGGUAUUAUACAUCGUGACCUCAAGCCGGUAAAUAUAUUUUUGGACUCGCGUGAUCAGAUAAAAAUUGGUGAUUUCGGUCUAGCGACAACUAGUUUCCUAGCACUGCAAAGUCAACAGGAUCAAACUGCUCAACACUCGACACAAGUUGCUUCCAUAGAGGAUGGCACCGGCACAGGCAAGGUUGGCACAACACUUUAUGUGGCUCCCGAAUUGACCGGCAAUGCCUCGAAAUCAACAUAUAGUAUAAAAGUAGAUAUGUACACCUUGGGCGUAAUACUAUUCGAAAUGGCUCACCAACCAUUUACAACUGGUAUGGAACGUGUACAAACCAUCAUGGACUUACGCACUCCCGCUAUUGUUAUACCCGUUUAUAUGUUGAAUAAUAGUAAAUACGAUAAAACGGUCCAGAUCCUCCGCUGGUUACUAAACCAUGAUCCAGCAAAACGACCCACCGCAGAAGAGUUGUUAGCUUCCGACUUAGUGCCGCCCCCGCCAGUAGAAGCCAACAUAUUGCAAGAAAUGAUACGCACAGCGCUCAAAGAGCCACAAAGUAAAGCUUAUAAGCAUUUAGUUGCACGUUGCCUGCAGCAGGAGAAUAAUGAAGUGACCGAAUAUACCUAUAAUUAUGGCAUCAGCACUCAUACACUGGAUAGCACAAAAUCGCUGAAACCCAUUUUCGAAUUUGUCAAAGCCAAAAUUGUCUCUCUAUUCCGUAAACAUGGCGGCAUCGAAGUGAAUACACCCUUACUGUCACCGCUAACGAAACGUAGCAAUCCGUGGAAUCACCCGGUGCGUCUAAUGACACGUUCCGGCUGUGUAGUGCUGUUGCCUAGCGAUUUGCGAACAGAAUUUGCACGUUACAUUGCAAUGAGCGGUAUGCAUAUGAUGCGUCGUUAUUGCAUUGAUCGUGUGUACCGCGAAGAGAAGGUAUUCAACUGUCAUCCAAAACAAAGUUAUGAAUGUGCCUUCGAUGUGAUAACAUCUGGUCCGGAUAGUCCGCUCAUUGAUGCCGAACUUUUGGCGCUUGCUUCCGAAAUCUCUAAUGAAAUACCGCGUCUGCGUGAGAAAAAUAUGCGCAUACGCAUGACACAUACAUACCUACUGCGCGCCAUACUAACGCACUGCAAUGUGCCGACAACUUCGUAUAAAGAAUUGUUUGCGAACGUAGCGGAUUUCGUUGAGGGACGUAUAACCAAGUUCCAGUUGCAUUCUAGCGUGACAACGAUUAUGGAGAAAUCGCGUUCCUCGGCUUCGGCAUUAAUCGACCUUUUACAGGUGAAUUUCCUAUUGAGCUGCACGAGGAGUAACGUCGACGAAUCACCGCUGAAGACGCUGUUGCGUGGCAAAGGUGAAGCCGCUUUGCUGGCAAGGAAUGCACUCAAGCAAUUGGAGUCUGUUAUGGAGCUAGCACAGGGUCUUGGGUUGACGUGUCCAAUAUACAUUUUCACCGGUCUGCCCAUCAGUUUCGAACGCAUCAAUAACAUAGGUGUUGUAUGGCAAUUAAUAGCAGAUAUAAAGCCCAAUCGUCUUGCGCGACCCUCCGUACUCGCCACGGGCGAACGCUACGACACUCUGCUCAACGAUUUCCAAGAGCAAGCACAACGUUUAAAUAAGAACGUACCCGUACGCGGGGUCCGUGCGGCUGGCUUAUCAAUUUGGCUGGAUAAAUUGGUGGCUGCAAUCGAUCCGAAUGACAUAAAGGAAUGUCGCGCCGUCGACGUGGGCAUUUGCGUGCACGGCACGCACGCGCCGCACAAACAAAUUGCCGAUAUAAUGCGCCUGCUGUGGUCGUCGAAUAUACGUUGCUGUGUGGCGGAGUCAGCCUUCGGUACGGGUGACGAGGCACAGGACUUGGUUAAGUUGGGCGCAUUGCAUAUUAUUUUGGUGGCGGAGAAUGGUGGAAUGCGUAUACUUUCUUGGGAGCGCGAUCGCUUCAAUGAGCGCCAUGUAACGCGCACAGAGCUGAAAGAGUUCGUGAACAAACUUCGGUCCGAGCUCGGAGGUGCAAAUGUCAAUGAGUAUGCCAAUCAGUUGGCGAUUGCUAGCCCUGGUGGUAGUAGCAGCGGUAACAGUGGUGGCAACUCUGGGCGCGGUGAUGGUGGCUUAUGUAGCUCGGCUUCAAGCAGCAGCAUUAAGAAUGGUUAUUCAAGCCGGUUGCCAAAUGUGGAGGUGAUCUUUAUGUUGCAUGAAAAGUUGACACACAAUAUGAAACGGCGCUAUGAGAAUCAGGUUUCGCAGCAGAUGUCUUCAACUCUUUCGCAGUUUACGAAAAAAGAAAGUGUAGUUGUUUUGGUCGUUGACUUGCCGACCACUCUCGUGAAUGCUAUUGUGGGUGCAGUAUAUCCGCGUGACAUAGAUAAAAGGGAGAGUCAAAUUGAGUUCUACCAAUUGGGAGAGCGGUACCCUAAAUACAAACGCUAUAUUUUUGAAAUUAAAAAUGAAAUUAGAGAUUAUAUAAUCGGCGAUAAAACAAUUAUCGUUGCCUUGUUUACCAUUAGUGAUUCGUAUUAUCGCGUCAUACUUUGAUUUUCAUUUACACCAAUUUAAAA